AUGGCGGUGAAGAUCUCCCUGUGGCAUCAUUGUCUCCAAGCCAUUCGGUCCCGGGAGACCCCCAAGAUCCAGGACUACCAGAGGGCUGAGAAUGUCCUGCUCACUGUCCUGGAGAGGGUACAGGAGCUGGACUCCCGGUUCCAGGUGGAUUACUCCAGGGACCUGGAGGCCUUUCACUUUGCCCUGCGAACCUCCGAGGAUGACCUGACCAUGGAGGUGCCCUUCUGGGUGGAUUCCGAUGCCCUUUUGGUUCGAGAAGCAACAGAUGGUCACCCUGAGGGAAGAAGGCUCCAGGAAAACUCUCCCAGCCCAGCUGUCUACACUCUGGGGGUGCCUCGGGAUGCAGCUGGCUUAGAGAGAUGGACGACUGAAGACGUCUUCAGCCCAUCUGAGAGCACCGAAUGCCAAGGCUACAUCCUGCCCAGCAAAGUCCUCGGACGGCUGAAGGACCUUCUUGUUGCUGCCAUCGUCCACUGCAAACACCACUGUCUCAUCAUGCCAGGUUCCCUGAAUGCAGGGAAUUUAAAGGAAGAAGAUCUCCACAUGUCCCUGCUGGUGUCCAGUGGCUGGAGAAUGAUUCGUUUCAACAUCAUUCCUGUGGUGAAGAAGAACCACAAGAUUCUUCACAUUCAAAGGAAGCCCCUGGCCCAAGGGUUCCCGGAUGGCAGCUUGGAGAAAGUUCAGCGCCAAGGAGCUGAUCUUAUACCCUCAAGUUCCCAUCACUGGCGGAUCUCCACCGACAACCUCAUUACCAAACUCCUCGGCAUCGUGGGUUCCCUCCAAGGCUACCGUUUAGACAGUCUCUCCAUCUUGGAUAGGGUCAACAAUGAGAACUGGAGAGAGGGGGGCAAGAAGGCCGGCCUUACCUUUGACCAGCUGAAGAUGGUGCUACUAUGGGCCACUGAACUCUUCCCUUCCACAGAGGACUGGAGGGACCUAGAGGGUUCUGUGUACCGACUCCUGGUGAUCCUGCUCUGCUGCCUGGCCACCAAAAAUCUUCCCCACUUCCUCUUCCCCCAGUACAACCUCCUCCAAGGUCAAGGUCUUGACCUGAACUCUGUGUACCAACAAGUUGAAAAAUUUGCCAUCCAGCCAGAACAGUUCCUUAAGAUCCAUGUGACUCAUCUGUUCCCCAGCCACCCAAGGAUAGACAAUGGCAUCAAGGCAUUCCUGCAGCUGCCCGCCAACAACCAAAGCUACUGGGAUACUGCCUAUUUUGAUGUCCUCCUGGAUAAGUUCCAGGUCUACAACAUUCAAGAUAAAGAUCGGAUUUCAGCAAUGCAAAACAUCUUCUUGAAGACCAAGAAAUUAGAGAAUUCAGCAAGCUGAGCAGCUCUGCUUUUUGAUCCCUGAGCUUAUAGACUUUUGGGGAUUUUCUCAUGGGGUCACUAGGCCUCUUUGUGGACCUCCCUCCACUGAGUGCUCUC